AUGGGCGUCAAGCACGAUGCGCCAGAUGCGAACAUCGUCACGGAUGAGGCAGGCCAUCAGCACACCUUGGACCAUAUUGUAGCCGAUCGCGACGGCUUGCUUAUACCGGAAGAGGACGAACAUGGCUACAGGAUACGAGAGCAACCAUAUGGUACCAAGCGUAAGAUGCGCGUGGUCCUGAUGGGAGCCGCUGCGUCAACAGUCAACUUCUUGAAGAAGGCAGAGGAAGAGAUGGACAAUCUCGACAUUGUCGUGUACGAGAAGAACCAUGAUGUCGGCGGUACAUGGUUGGAGAACAGAUAUCCAGGAUGUGCAUGCGAUAUCCCUUCAGUCAACUACCAAUUCAGCUGGAAGAUCAAGUUAUGGACGCACUACUAUUCCUACUCGCCCGAGAUUUGGAGAUACCUGAGAGACAUCUAUGAUGAGCACGACUUUAUCAACAAAUACGUCAAGCUGAAGCACAAGAUCGAGCGCGCGGAAUGGAACAACGAGAAAGGCAAAUGGAUGCUUCAGGUCCGUGACAUGGAGAAGGACACUGUGUUCGAGGAUGAAGCAGAGUUCUAUAUCAACGCUGGCGGUGUCCUGAACAACUUCAAGUGGCCGAAGGUUAAGGGUUUGGAUCGGUUUCAGGGCAAGCUGAUGCACUCUGCCCGGUAUGAGGAGGGCUACCCACUGGAAGGCAAGAAGGUCGCAGUGCUCGGUGCUGGUAGCUCAGGAGUGCAGAUCGUGGCGAAGAUCCAGCCAAAGGUCCAGCAGCUCUACCACUGGAUCAGGAAUCCUAUCUGGAUCACAGCAGGUUUUGCGCAGACGUGGGCAGGCAAAGACGGCGCGAAUUUCGAAUACACAGAUGAGCAGAAGAAGUAUCUGCGAGAGCACCCUGAGAAGUAUCUUGAGUAUCGCAAGCAGAUCGAGAAUGAACUCAACCAACGAUUCAAGUUCAUCCUGAAAGGCUCAGAGGAGGCCAAGGCUGCCCGAGACUUCAGCUACGAUCAAAUGGUGCGCAAGCUCAAAGGCGACCCCAGGCUGUGCGACAAAAUCAUUCCCAAGGACUUCAACCCCGGUUGUCGACGACCUACACCAGCGCCUGGCUACCUGGAGGCUCUGGUGGCAGACAACUCGACCGUCUUCACCGACGAGCUGGAGACGCUCACGGAAAAGGGCUUCAUCGACCACGAAGGCAAGGAGCACGAAGUCGAUGUCUUCAUCUGCGCAACUGGCUUUGACACCACCUGGAUCCCACGCUUCCCCUUCAUCAACGGUCAAGGAGUCGACCUGAAGGACCUUUGGACUCCGAACAACGUCUCUUCCUACCUCUCGAUCGGCGUCCCGACCUUCCCUAACCACUUUUCCUUCUGCGGUCCAUACGGUCCCCUCGGCCACGGCAGCUUCAUGCCCCUCAUCGAGCAAUGGACCAAGUACAUGUUCGACGCCAUCUCUAAAGCCCAGAUCGAGAACAUCAAAUCCUUCACCCCACGCCUCGACCUCUCGAACCAGUUCCGCCAGCAUGCAGACCUGUUCUUGAAGCGCACUGCCUGGACGAGCCCGUGCAGCAGUUGGUUCAAGCAGGGCAAGACGGACGGGCAAGCGGUCAUCUACCCUGGCUCGCGGCUGUCGUUCUUGCAUCUGCUGGACAGGCCGAGGUAUGAGGACUAUGAUAUUGAGUAUUGGGAUGAGAACAGAUAUGCUUUCUUGGGCAAUGGGUUUGAUACGAGGGAAUAUGAUGGAAGAGAUAUUACGAAUUAUCUUGGUUCGUUGGAUGGGAGGGAUGUGCAACCAGAAUACGGACAGGAGCUAAUAAACACGUUGGCUGGAUGGGCGGUCGGGAAGUAG